ACUUGCGCUUUGUGAUUGGUCCGGCGACUUCUGGGAUCUGUCAUGUGUCCCAGGUACCGCCUUACCAUUCACAAAAGCACCGCUUCUUGCGCAUGCGCACUUGGCACCCGGCUGUCAAGCCCAGCUCCCACACUACAGAAGCCAGGAAGACAGCGCGCCGCUGGAUAGAGGAACAGGUAAGGUCCCGCUGCAGAGCUGAGCGGCCGGCCCGGUAUUCUGACACGGCGGCGGUGGAAAUACCGGACCUCCAUAUUUGCUCCAUAAGACGCACUGAC